AGUCCUAGCUGCCUCGCCUUCGUACGAGCCGUGUGUCGCUGGCUGUCUCUUGCCCCUCACCCCUCGUUCCUAUCGCCCGCAUUCUAGUCGUGGGUGUCGCGCCGUGCAGUCCUCGCGUGUGUCGCCGAACUCAGUGCGCCUUUUGUGAGUGCUUUAGUUCUCGCUCGAGUGUCAGUGUGAAGGAGAUACCAGAAAGCCAAGGCGGAGGAUGUUAACAGCUCACGAUAGCAGCUGUUGACGUCCGUAGUAGCCAGCCACCGGCACAUUUGUCUCCCCCCGCUCCUAUAACCCCCUCCAAGAUUGCUGCCACCAUGGGCCGGAAGAAAAUACAAAUAUCACGUAUCACGGAUGAACGGAAUCGACAGGUGACUUUCAACAAACGCAAAUUCGGAGUAAUGAAGAAGGCUUACGAAUUGAGCGUCCUCUGUGAUUGUGAAAUUGCUCUCAUCAUCUUCAGCUCCAACAACAAACUCUACCAAUAUGCCAGCACCGACAUGGACAAGGUUUUAUUGAAAUACACGGAAUAUAAUGAGCCGCACGAGUCACUGACGAAUCGCAACAUCAUCGAGGCACUAACGAAGAAAGAGCAUAAGAACGGAGUGAUGUCACCAGACAGCCCUGAAGCCGAACCAGAAUAUAACUUGACCCCAAGGACUGAAGCAAAGUAUUCAAAGAUUGAUGAGGAAUUUCAAAUGAUGAUGCAACGCAACCAACUCAAUGGAAGCCGAGUCGGAGUUGGUGUUCCUGGAACGAACUACAACCUUCCUGUCAGCGUACCCGUCGGAAGCUAUGAUCAGUCCCUUUUGCAAGCUAGUCCUCAAAUGCAUACCUCUAUCAGUCCACGGCCAUCGUCUUCAGAAACUGAUUCAGUUUACCCGAGCGGCGCAAUGCUAGAGAUGUCAAAUGGUUACCCGGGAUCUGGCUCACCGUUGGGUGGAGGAUGCACUCCCUCCCCCUCCCCCGGACCAGCUCCCUCCCCCCACCGACACCCGCACAAGCCCCACCAUGCUCCGCCGCCGCAUCAUUCGCCCCGUCACAACAACUUACGCGUCGUCAUACCCAGUUCCAUGCCACCACCGCAAGAUGAUAUAUCUUAUACCGGAGAGACACCACUAAGCUAUUCAGGACUCGGAAACUUCGGCGGACCACAGGAUUUCAGCAUGAGCUCAGACAUCGGCAUAGGACUGUCAUGGGGAGCGCACCAACUGCAGACACUACAACACAACAGGUACAUCAGUCUGCCGGUGCUAGGCGGUACACCGCCUCCGGCCGCAUCUCCUAGCAACGUGAAGAUCAAAGCAGAGCCAGUUUCCCCACCGCGUGAACAUCUGCAUCGUCCACCAGCACCGCCAGCCCACCUCGCCGGCAUCGAUGGUAUGUAUGGAUCGGUGACUUCAAGUAACAUGGGUUCGCCAGCCGGGCAAGACAUGAGGCAUGCCAACACCGUCCCGCUAGACUACGAACAGCCUCACUCAAAACGGCCGCGGAUCGAAGGCUGGGCCACAUAGCUAGGCUACGAGGCCUUCGGUUCAUACCCAAGGCCCCUCCACCCGCACUGCUAAAUUGGCCUGCAAGGCCCGCCGGGCCCGACGAUCUAAGGGCCCCGCACCUCAGGCCCCGUGUGGCUGCAACCUCCAUCGAGCUUUCGGUACAAUACCGUCCUGGUCUACACAUGCUCUUUUCCUCACCGGAUUGGAUUACUCAAAAACUUUAAAAAAUAUUUUGAGAAGUAUAAAGGUGCUCUCGAAAAAGGCACGGUACAUGAGAAACACUGUUUACAGUUCUCGGCAAUCGGUUAAUUAGGACUGUAAGCUACAUGAUGUGGCACCUUCGUAAAUAUUAAAUAUUGAUGUUGAUUAAAUGUUCAUGUUCACAAUCCUUCUACAAUACGUAAUUAUAAAUGUAAUAUUGCACGUGCAAACACUAAAGAUUAAGGAUAUAUGUUAAAUUUAAGUACAAUAUCGAGGACUUUAUGCAACCCUGAUCAAUUUAAAGGUUUAAAUGUUUAAUGAUAGAGUUCUUAUGACCCUUGUAAAUAGCUACAUUAUUUGUGCAAUCCGUGCCAUUCUCUGUUUAGCUUAUAGUCAAUUAGUAAUAGAGCACACAAGUUUACUGUUAAAAGUUCGGUGCGUGAACUGCUAAGCCGGAGGGACUCGCAAAGUGCGUGAAGAAAAGUUGUGUGCGAGUGCGUUAAGACUAUGAAGGAACCGUUGACUUUGUGUUAGUGUUUUAAAGUUUUUUUGUGCCAUUUUAAAAAUAUCAUUAGUGUGACAUCCGAACUUUGAAUCUAUGUAAAUUAAGUAAGCGUAGCGUCAUCACAGAAGAUAAUAAGUUAUGUAUUGGAAAUGUACUUUAUCUAUUAACAUAUUUAUACAUGAGAAUCAUAAUAUUUACAUAAUAUGUAUACACGUCCCGUUAGGAACGAAUGUUAUGUAUUGUAAGUAGGUAAUGUUAGCUAGACACGACUAUAUAAAGGUACCACACGAAGCUUUAAAAUUCUUAUGAUAACACUCGCACUCUGAGCAGUCUUGUAAUUAAAUAAACACAAUUUAUAUACGGAUAUAGAUUUCCUUAAAGUCACAGUGGUAUAACUUAAUAAUUGAUAAAUAAAUAAUAAAAUUAUAUAUUUGAAAACAACAACGUGCGGGCGUUUCUCAUAUUCAGACCAAAAACAAAGUCAAUUUUGAAUAUCAUAAAUUGUAGAACUGUACUUUUAAAGUACCCAUGUUAGUGUUAUUUUAGUGGCUAAUUGGUUACUAGUAAAAAAAAAAAAUAAAGCUUGUUGUUAGGAAAAUAUAUUAUUUUGUUAAUGUGAUCUGAAGUUUUGCAUAAAGCCUAUUUACAUAGUCACUUCCGCAAAGUACGUUAUAUAAAUUAGCUUUAAUCACAAGUAUAUAUAUAUUUUUCACUAAAUCAUAUAUUAAUAUUUUGCUAAACCACUAUAAAUCACAAGCCGCCCUAUUUUUAGAGGAUGUUAUACUGAGAGUAUAUUAUCUACCUUAUUCAAGGUUAUUGGUGUCAAAAAAUAAUAUUUUCUCAAAAGAUUCGUGCUGAAUCCUUCACUCGUCUCCUGACGACUGUGAAUAAUGUGUUUUUAGUAUUGAGUGUUUAUUCAAUGAGUUGUAAACGCUCAAUAGUUAAAGUUGUCAUCAGCAUUCAGGUUCUAUGCGAUCCUCCCCUCAUAUCUUUCCACUGUAGUUGCCUUACUCACAGUGCCUAUUGUACCAUAAUAUACCAAAUUUGUAUCUUAUAGGCAUCGAUUUUUCACAUCCAAAUAUUUAUAAGUAUUUACAAUAUAAUAUAUUUAAUUAAUUGUUAAAAAUGUUUACGACAUCGUAUGCUUGGAAUUUAUUUGCAGGAACUAAGAGCUAGAACGUCGUUGUACUUACUGUAUUCAUUGUUACACGGAAAGAAAUAUUGUCUUGAUUGUUACUGUAUAAUGUUAACGGUUAGUGUAACAAACAUUAUGUAAUCCUUCAAAUCACAGUAACAAAAUAUUGGAUGUAUAUUUGUUAAAUUGUGUACAGGGAAAGUAACCAGAUAAAAGUUCAAAAGUCUGAACGAAUAAAAAAAAAAUGUAUUUUCGCAUUGUAAAAUAUUAUACACUACUAGAUGUUAUACGAAUUAAUAUUUUAAUACUGAAACAUGAUGAAUGUUAGUUCACCGUCUACAUAUAUAUAUGUGUAGUUAUUGUUAAAACAGCACUGUUACAACUCUUGUAUAUUUGAAAAUUAUAAAAUGCGUGUUUUCCAUUUGUGAUCGUUUUCGGUCGUUCGUUCCUAAUUGUUCCUUUCUGUGAACUCGUGCUUUGUUUGUUGAAAAUUGCUCAACUGUCACAUUCGGGCGAUGCUAUAUUAAUAUUUUUCCAAACCUUUGACGUAAUUAAUUGAUUAGUGAAGGAGGCGUUAAUGAUUUCACAGACUGUUUAGUAUGUAACUUUCUGAAUUUCCCUGAAUCAUAAAACUUACGUGUUAGGUUUCAAUUAUUGAAUAUAAUUUGGGAAAUCAAUAACAGCCACCUUAUUCCAUAUAAAUUAUUUAUGAACGAUAAACACACUUUGUUACCUGUAUACCUAUCACAUUUGCACAGUUCAAAUAUUCCUGAAAGUCCAUUGAAUAUGGUUUUAGAUAUUAUAUUUCGUGUAAUAGUCAUAGGACAUAUUCUUCUUACUGUUUAUGUGAAUUGUUCAUUUAUGAUGUGUCGAUGAUUGCAACUAUGUAAUCUAUCAUCCUUAUUGUAUAAAGUAUGUCAUCAGUAAGCUGGUAUUGGGAGCAUAUUUCCGAGGUUGUGAGCUUUGCUAUCGGGAAUGAUUUCACUUUAUAAUUAAUAAUAAUUAUUUAAAUAUAAUAUUCAUUUCACGCACAACUAUGUUGUGUGUUAUUGUAAAAAGUUUUUCGCUUGGUUUGUUUUGUAGACGUAUCUACUUUGUAUAUGUUUUACCUAAAUAAACUGUGCCGCAAUAGCAAAGAGAAUAAAUUACAUUAUUGCAUUUAAUAUCGUAGUCAUAAGCAUAGGGCAUCCGAAAUAGGAAUAGAUUUCGAAGUAGAUAUUUAAUACUAUAAUUUAAUAACAACACCUACAAACACACCACCUCCCCUUUUUGCUAUUGCUUCACAGUGUGUCGUGAACAACCCAGAUAGUUUAUAGGUAUAUAAAUACAUAUCCUUAUUGAAUACUCAAGUCGAUUUCACACUUAUUUCUCUGUAACAUCAGUUGUGCAAUACAUAAUGUAACAAAUCGCUUAGGUAGGUAUUAGGUAUGUUUUUUGUUUGAAUUUACAAAAAAGUAAUGCAAAAUCUGUUGUAUUUUAACUAUAUUUUUACUGAUAAUAAUGAGGAUAUCCACUUUUUUCUGAGGUGCCUCGAGGGAAUAUAAGUCAUAUUGUAUAAUUAUUUUUAAGACGAGGCCGGGCCAAAUAUUGCAUUAAUUUAGGUCUACCGGCGCCUUUUUUUUCGUUGGGCGUCUUUGCUCUGUGUAAAUGAGUAAUGAUAUAACAUCUCAAUGGCUGAUUGAAAUAUUAAUAUUAAUGGACAGUGUUAGAAAAUUGUUAUAAAUUAUUUUGAUGACUGUUCGAAGGAUAAUAAAGAGUUGGAUGUCAA